GGAGAGAAAAAUAAAAAUCGGGAAAAAAAAAUGGAGAGGAGAAUAUAAAUAAAUCUGUGUCUCUCACUUUGUUACUGGCAAAUAAACUGAGGUCGGCAAAAGGAAGAAGAGUUUUCAGGCGGGUGUGUUGUGACAAAUAUCUCUUACUUCUUCUUCUUUUUUUCUCUCUUUACUUUCAUUUCACGUUUUUCGUCUCUGAUUUUCUGGGAAUUUUUCCAUUUCUGCGUUGGUUGGGGAAGAAAUUGGGACGAAUUUUUGUUGUGUGAUUGGGUUUUUGAGAUUUGAAAUUUGGGUUUCCGUCGGUUUUUGUAACGAAACCGUGAGAAUUUGAGUUGGGUUUUCUAUCCCCUUCUGGAGGGAUUUGAUAAUUGUGGGGGAAUCGGAGUGGGUUUUCUUUGGAAUCUCAGUUCUCUGUGAAUGGCGACGAAUUCGCGUUUGGGAGUUCACUGAAGUUUAAUUCUCUGCGAUUCUCUUCUGGAUGUCAAUUUGGACGGUCAACUUUUGAUUCAGGAUAAAGUUAUCAGGCCAGGGCACAGGAGCUUUUUGUUCUUUCUCGAUUUUCGGUUUUUUCUAAUUUGUGUAUCGUUUAUUAGAGGGUGAUUGAUUACUGGUCAUCUGGAUUGUAAAAUUCAUUAUCUGAGGAUUUUUAUUGACAGUCAAUAAGCAAGGAGGACUUAUUUUUGUGACUUGUGGAGGACUUUUUUGGUUUCAUUAUGAAUAGAGGAUUGGAUUCGGUGAUAGAAUCAAUGAGGAACCCUGAGAAGUGCUUAGAUUCUCAGCUAUGGCAUGCCUGUGCUGGUGGGAUGGUUCAAUUGCCAUCCAUUAACUCAAAGGUAGUCUACUUCCCCCAGGGUCAUGCCGAGCACGCCCAGGGGAAUGUUGAUUUUGGGAAUUCUAGAAUUCCUUCGAUCAUUCUUUGCAGAGUAUCUGGCAUAAGACAUAUGGCAGAUCCCGAAACAGAUGAGGUUUUUGCUAAGAUAAGGUUGAUUCCAGUGAGGAAAGACGAAUUCGAUGUGGAAGAUAAUGAUGAACUUCUGGGGCACCGUGAGAUUAGGAGCCAGGAGAAACCUGCCUCCUUUGCCAAGACACUGACACAAUCUGAUGCAAACAACGGCGGGGGAUUCUCUGUGCCUCGCUAUUGUGCCGAGACCAUCUUUCCUCCUUUGGAUUACUCGGCAGAGCCUCCUGUUCAGACCAUUCUUGCCAAGGAUGUUCAUGGUGAGAUUUGGAAGUUUAGGCAUAUAUACAGGGGGACUCCACGGCGCCAUCUUUUGACGACGGGGUGGAGUAACUUUGUGAAUCAGAAGAAACUUGUUGCUGGUGACUCAAUCGUUUUCCUGAGGGCUGAAACUGGUGAUCUCUGUGUCGGAGUAAGGCGAGCCAAGAAGGGAAUUGGUUGUGGAAUCGAUUACUCACCUGGGUGGAACCCAACAAAUUCUGGCUCUCCACUUGUUGGGUAUUCUGAUUUUAUGAGGGAGAAUGAAGGUAGACUGGUAAGAAGAAAUCCGAAUGGGAACCUGAGCGGAAGAGUGAAAGUCGAAUCUGUCAUCCAAGCUGCAAUGCUUGCUGCCAGCACAAAGCCGUUUGAGGUUGUGUACUACCCAUGUGCUGGUACUCCAGAGUUUGUUGUUAAAGCCUCUACUGUGAAAUCUGCUUUGGAUCAUCACUGGGGCUCUGGUAUGAGAUUCAAGAUGCCUUUCGAAACCGAAGAUUCAUCUCGGAUAAGCUGGUUUAUGGGAACUAUAUCUUAUGUCCAGGUAGCUGAUCCUAUUCGGUGGCCUAAUUCUCCAUGGCGAUCUCUGCAGGUGACAUGGGACGAGCCAGAUUUACUGCAAAAUGUGAAGAGUGUUAACCCGUGGUCGGUUGAAGUGGUAGUAAAUAUGCCAGCUAUCCAUGUCUCCCCCUUCUCGCCACCAAGAAAGAAGCCGCGUUUUCCGCUUCCAGCAGACACUGCCGUAUUUGGUCACCUUCCAAUGCCAUCAUUUUCGACCAAUUUCUUUGAAUCAACCAACCCAUUACUAGGUAUUACCAAUAACAAUAUUCCUGCAGGCAUACAGGGAGCCAGGCAUACUCAAUUUGGACUCUCUUCAUCCAACCUCCAAAUCAGCAGACCGCAGUCGGGACAGUUUCCCAUUGGUUUUAAGCACCUUGAUGGUGCCACUCCUCUUCCUGGAAUCCAUGGCGAAGAUAUCUUUGGAGGCACGAAAAACCCCGAUAACCUUUCUCACUGGCUAACAAUGGGAAACCACAUUCAAAGCCCAAAAGAGAUCAAAGAAACAAAACCAGCUCACAUCUUAUUGUUUGGCCAACUCAUUCUGCCUGAUCAACAGAUUUCUAAGAGCUGCUCUGGAGAUACGACGAAUGCAUCAGAUGCCAAUCUAGAGAAAGCAUCAAACCUUUCUGACGGUUCAGGUUCAUCAUCACAACAGAAUGGUUCGCUGGAGAAUUCGUCAGAUGGAGGAUCUACCUCGUACAACGGUCAGGAAAAAACUGGUCUUGGCUUGGACACUGGUCAUUGCAAGGUUUUUAUGGAGUUGGAGAACGUCGGUCGUACUCUCGACCUAUCGGUCCUCGGAUCGUACGAAGAAUUGUAUAGAAAGCUGGCCAAUAUGUUUGGUGUAGGAAGCUCAGAGAUGCUGAGUUCUGUUCUUUAUCAGGAUGCACUUGGUGCGACAAGGCAUGCUGGAGAUGAGCCUUUCAGCGAGUUUCUGAAGACGGCAAGAAGGCUAACCGUACACGCAGAUUCUCGAAGUAGCGACGACAUCAGAAUGUAGGGGGAAGGGAACCUUUUAACUGGGCUUGUUUUUUGAUUGUUGAAAACUCCAUGUUCUCUAGUAAUGAUUCUCCUUUUUAGUUCCUCACAUUUUGUUAUUCAAAAUGCUCAAAAUUAGAA